GUCCAAGCUCCACAGCUGCAACCUUGACGACCAGACCGUUCGUCCCAGAGCUUUCAACGCGCGCUCAUCAACGCCGUAAAAUCCAAACCGUCCAGACAAGAUGAGGUCGCGCGCCUGGCUGCAAGCGCUCCGCCCAAUGCGGAUAGCCUCCCCAGGCGUACUACCAAUACAGUACCUUCGAACCCCUACCAGGCGGUCGCCCAUCCUCAAGCAGAUAAUAGCCCGUUCCGCCUCGUCGUCGUCCUACACAGCGAAAGCGAGGACCGCAUCAUCAUCAACACCCGCCUCCCGCGCCCGCGCUGCCUCCGCCUCCAAACCUUCCACGCCUAGCACUCCGGCCACCCCCGCCCCCGCCCCCGCCAAUCCCGUGCUCGAUCCUCAAGCCGCGAUCCUCCCGGCUGCCACCGUCGCCGACGUCGACCCGCAGCUGGCCGCGGACAUCCCCACCCCCGAAGCCAGCAGCAGCAGCACCUCCGCCGCGUCCCCGGCCUUCGCCGCCGCGCUCAGCGGCAACGCCAGCGGCAGCAGCAGCGGCAACAAUGGCGCGGCGAUCGACUGGUCCUCCUCCUUCCACGGCCUCUCGACGACACCCUUCAGCCCCGAGACGGCGGCCGUGCUGAUGCAGCCGCUGGACCCGCUCGACAUCGAGAUCAAGCCCGACGGCAUCAUCUAUCUCCCCGAGAUCAAGUACCGCCGGAUCCUGAACAAGGCUUUUGGCCCCGGCGGGUGGGGCCUCGCCCCGCGCGGGGAGCUGGUGGUGGGCGAGAAGGUGGUGACGCGCGAGUACGCACUCGUGGUCCACGGACGAUUCAUCGCCCAAGCUCGCGGCGAGUGCCAGUACUUUUCCGAGGAGACGAUCCCGACGGCCGGCGAGGGGUGCAAGUCGAACGCGCUGCUGCGGUGCUGUAAGGACCUGGGCAUCGCCUCGGAGCUGUGGGACCCGCGCUUCAUCCGCGAGUUCAAGAAGACGCACUGCCACGAGAUCUGGGUCGAACACGUCGUCAGCAAGAAGCGCCGCCAGAUCUGGACGCGCAAGGACGGCGAGCCGGCGUACCCUUACCAAGCGGUCAAGGCUGGGAGCAGGAUGUGAUUGAAAGACAGAAAAAAUGGGGGGGAUACAUCGGCACAGCUGUGCAUGACAAACGUACCCGAUUGACUGUAUAGAGAGGAAGGGAAGGAGGGG